GACACCAGGUGUAUUUUUCUGUGCUGACUGCAGAAAGCGCUCACGUCUCAACAUGGCUUCUUUUUAUCAAAGCUUGGUUGUUCUCCUGUGUUUUGUGCAGUCAGGAACAGCUAUUCAGUGCCUUGACUGCCAGUCAUUUGGAAAUAAGGCAAGUUCCCUCUUAGAAUACUUUUACCACAACUACGACCAGCGAUGCGAAGACAACCCCUCUGCGGCGACAAGCUUUGCCGAGUGUAGUGGGUCCUGUUACUAUCUGAGGGUCACCCAGUCUUUAACAAAGACGGACGCCAACUCCGCUGUUAACACACGUGACUGGGUACGCGGUUGCUUAGCAACGACCAGUGUCGAGGAAGGGUGUAUGAAUCUGACCUUGGCUAAUCUGGAGGACAUUCAGAACAUCCUCUCGAACGUGUCCAUUGUGACCGCCAUGGAGGGACGCCUGUGUGUGUGUAACUCAGACCGAUGUAAUGUGGAUACCACGAGUCUUGCGACAUUACCACAAGUUCCAGCAGUGCAGUGCCCCAGAUGUGAGUACAUGCAAUACAGCUCAGACGACUCUUGGACACGGGCAAUUCUGCAUACUGUUGGCGGCUUGUUGCUGGGGGAAACGGACCAAAAGUGUGUGUCCAAUCCAUCACAGACAAAGACUGUCAGCUGCCGUGGGUCGUGUCUGAGCGUUGUGGGCGAAGGGAGGAUGUCAGUGUUAUUCGUGAGCUUCACCUUGGCUAUGACGGAGAGGAUGUGCUCGGCGAGUAAAUCAGCUGACGGAUGUUCAAGAUUGACAAACAGUGACGCAGCCUUGACUGGGUUGUUUUCUUUUGGUUCAAACGAUCAACAAAUUAGCACCACAUCAGCCGAGGUCUGCACAUGUAACCAGGAUGGAUGUACCAGAGCAAUGACAACAGUUUCCGGAGCAUCUACGACCACGCCCACUAAAACCACUCCAAAUGGCAUCGCAUCAACAAGUGUGACGCAUUCACAAAACAGCCACGUGUCCACCACGUCGACCACGCCCCAUUCUACCAAAAAGCCUCAAACUUCAAGCGGCCGCGGAGUGUGCAAUCUAGAACUGUUGCUAACUACCCUAAUGGCUGCCACGUACUGCGUGUUAUGGUAUUUGUAUUAAGAUGACGAUCGGUCACAAGUACAUAACAUAUACAUACGCAUAUACAUAUACAUAACAUAUACAUAUACAGGGGUACAUAUACACUUACCAGUAUCUGUGACUGCUGUGCACUUACACUGUAUGUGUGAAUGCUGGGGUUCUUGCUUUGGUCACAUAUAUAUGCACAUAUCUUACACUGAUAAAUUAUUUUAUAAUAUUCUGUGUAUAUAAGCUUGUAACAAUUAUAUGCUUUUUAAAGCAACAGCUUAAACAAAGUUAUUUGCAUUCAAAUAUGUCAGUAUUUUAUAAGACAGAGUCCGUAUAGAUUGUGUAACAUGCGCUGUAUUAGUUUCAUGUAACUGAUGCUGGAAUGGUUCUUAACUUAACAAAUGUGAAUAAUUUAAUUGUCUCUAUUCCGUC